AUGUGGCCCGACAACGGCCCAAGUUUAACAGCCGCCGUGGCCUGCGAUCCUCUCGUCUCGUUUCGUCAUCCUCCUCCUCGGCUAUGGCGGCUGCAUCUACUGUUUCCUCCUGGAUUCCGCCUCCGCGAUGUAACCAUCAGCCGGAACAGAGACUCUAUCAAGUACAUUGAGACGGAAUCCUGGUCACCAAGAGAGCUGAAUACGGCACCUGCUUCCUACUCCUACACGGAGUGGGUGCGCAGUAAAUCAAGGAAACUCAGGGUCUUCCGUGAUGGAUGGAAGGCAACAACAUGGACCAUGAUAAUACCACUUGAUUUUGAUUCCCAACGACCGUGGGAGAAGGAGAACUGCUGGCACCGUCACUCAGAAAUUGAUGCUGAAGAUGUCACCUUGCAAUUGGAUGCCAGCAACGCGUGUCCUUCUAACUUGUUGGCUAUGCUGCGCUGCAGCAAGACCACAGAAAUGUUGAAGGAGCUUCAGAUGUCAUGCCCCAUCAUAAGCAUGGAUGACGAUAUUGUUUACUUGCUUUCUGCAAUCAAACCCAGGCAUAUGGACGAGUUUGAAGUGGUUCUUGCUAUUGAUGUGAGGAAGGGAGUGCUUCGGGGGAUUGGCCGAGCUUGA